GCUGUGUUCCUCCAGCUCCACACUAUGUUAUCUAAUAUUCAUUUUGGCUUUCCUUGGAGAGCAGUAUUUUCAGUCCCAUUGCUUUUCCUGAGUUCAGGUUCCAUGUUGACGAAACCUGGCGCCGGCCCCACCCCUAAUGACGAGUGUUUGGGACUUCCUUGUGUUACCUGGGUAAUGGUCAAGUGUUCUUGCCUGAUGGCACUAGGUUAAAGCAGCCGUCGAAAUGCAGUCGGACCUGUUACAGUGGGCCCCCAGCGAAUACAGUCUAAAGGAAUUCCUAACAAAAUUCCGCUCGUCGUUACCGAAAAUUGUGAAAGUCACCGAGGGUUUUUUGGGUCGCCGAGAGUUGGAGACACUCAGCGCCGGCGCAAUCCUUAGGAUUCAUUCCGUAUACUCACAAAAGAGAGCCAUUGUGGAAUCCAACAAUCGAACAGUCCUGUCGAUCCCUGUAAACCUAGAGUCGGUGAUGUUUAAUGUGGUACACCAGAAACAUAAAAGUGGUCCCUUUACAAUGAAGGAAGUGUUGCUACAUUUCAAUUUGCCUGUCACAAUCACAUCAACGGACAACCUGACCUAUAGAGAAAUGAACAAUCCCAAGUCAAAGGAUCAGGAAUUGCAACAGCUCAGUGUGAAACAGAUAUACGAACAGGAAUUUCUGCUGGGUCACAGUAUAAUUGACAAUGGAAAACUAUCAAUUCAACAUCCAUUUGUGAUCCCAAUGUACAUGAAGAAAAUUAAGUUGGUUAUAGCAGAAGGAUUUAAUGGUAAACGUGAGACAGAAUGGAAUAUUAUCUGCAAUCAUUACAAGAAGAUUGCCAAGGACAUUGGGAACUUGGAUCAUCUCAUUUGCACAGACAUUACUUUGCUGGACAAAGAUGAGCUGGAUCUGUACGCAGGACAAUAUUCUGAAAUAGAGUCAACAUAUGUCGAUCUCAGCAGAAAGAAGCCAGAUAAGGAGCAUGAGAUAAUACGCCCUCAGCAGAGCCUAUCAGAGACCCCAAAGUACUGUACGAUUAAAAGUCAUGGAGAAAAUAAACCAGAAAUACCCCCAGAACCAAAUGCUGAAAUGAAUUGUUCUCAGCUGGGUUCAACAGCCACACUAAGAAGGAACACUGGACCAUUGUUCAAGUUCUCGCACAGAUCAUGUAACAUGCAGACACCUGAAACAAAACAUAUUGUCUCUAUGAAUGAGGUUCCGGAUGACAUACAGCAUUUGAACGUGGAUGAGGUCUGUGACUGUUUGAAUUUACUAAACAUGGGAAUGUACAUUGAGAUCUUUCAGUCACAGCAGGUUGAUGGCCGAUUGCUUUUUGAUUUGGACAGAGACAUGAUGCUCAACACAUUUGGGAUGAGUAAUUUUCACAUCGUGAAAUUAAUACGUUUCCGUGAAGGAUGGAGACCAAAGUAACAGAGAAUGGUUUCCUCCUUUAGAAAUCUUGCAAUGAAGUGUACUUUGAAGUGUCAAUAAUCAGAAAAAAUACAGUAUUAGUAUUAUAUAACUUUCCACUCGGCAUCUUUGGUGAACAAACAAGCAAUUAUUUGUAAAGUGAAAGAAUCUGUAAAAUUAUUGUAAUAAUUUUGAAAAUGCCACCAACAUCUGUAUCUCAGCUGAAAGGUUAAUUUGAAAUGUUAAUUAAAGAACUGACUGACUGGAA